UCAAAAUAAAUGUACUGCAUUCGUAAAUUUGUUUUUGAACAUAUUCUAUUCAGUGUAUUCAGAAGCAACUUUAACUUUUUCAAAUUCUAUUUCACGGUUGGAGAAAAGUAAUAAUGAAUUUUAAGGAAAUGCUAUCUGGGCUUUAUGCUUUUUUUAUAAUACUCAGUGGUUAUAAUAGCAAUAAAAAAAAUGUGCCAGAAAUUAAACAGGAAUUUAAAAACACUACUGCUCAGCCAAAACAUAAAUUAUUCAAGAAUCAUUUAGAGCUUGCUAUUGAUUAUUUUGAAAAAGUUUUGAAACUUGAUGAUUGCAAUCGAUUUCCAAUGUAUAAUAAUUCAAAAAAUGUUGAAUUCAAUUUUCAGAAAAUAGUUAAUUUGCUAACUCGAACAGCAAUGGAAAAUUAUUCGUUAAACAAAAACUAUUAUCCCGAAUCUUUGAGUUUUCCUAAGAUUAUAAGUGAAGAAAUGCAAAAAUUAAUGCACUUAGAAUGCGUGCCAGGAUUAAAUGAAAAUAAAGAAACAUUGAAAAGCCUCUGUCAAUUUUUUGAUUUCUUAAAAGUAUUUUCCACAGAGAAUGUCUAUGGAAAGAAACGGUAUUUCAAAAAUAUUGUGGAAUUAAAAUUAAUAAAUAUCAAAAUUCAGGAGUUCGUUUCAAAGAAAUAUAACGUGAGCAGAGAAACUUUAAAUACUAGAAUAAAAGAAGGAAUACAAAAUUUGAGUAAUUGUCUUAAUCCAAAAGCAAUUUAGGGUCAUAUUGAAGAAAAAGUGGUUUUGUAAAUUAUUUCUCAUUUAAAAAGAAAAUAAUAUUUUUUAAACAUUAAGUUUUCAAUAAAUAAGCAUUAGUUAUGAAUGUUAAAAUAUACAAAUAAAACAUAACAUUUAUAUAAAUUUAUAAAUAUAAUUAUAUUUAUAGAUAAUAAAUAAAUUUAAUCCUUGAA